AUGGCAGCCAGGAUGUUCCGCUUUUGUCGGACUGUAUUUUUCAUGUUGCUUUUGGGUACAUCUUUAAGUAUUAACGCUGAUGAUAGCGAGGACACUACCAUGGUGAUAGGGUGUCCCUACACCUCCAUAUAUAACUUUGGUACGCUGUCAAAGGUUACUGGAAAUUAUGAAGUGGUAGAUUAUAUAUCCUCAGCUUUUCGUCUUCCAUCUCCGAAACCAUAUGCAGCAAACAAGAAAGAUGUGAAGUUUGUUUAUGGAGCAGACUUUGCAGUAGAAGGUUCAACUGCGCUCGACACGUAUUUUACAACCAACAAUUAUGUCAGCAAACAAGUUGAUCAGUUCGUGACACAUCUAUCGUCUAUCUGCUCCAACCGUCAGGAGUGUUGGAAGAAGCUACGUCAUGCAGUUUUCUUGGUGGAGGAAUUCAGAAGCAGGGACUACUUUCAUGCCCUCUCGGAGGGUAUAAAGGCACUUAUGGAGCUAAGCAGCCAGCACCCUCAGGUUCAGAUUGUAUUUGCUGAUUACUAUAAGACGUUUAUAGCCCUACUCAAGAGUCUAAGAAAAACUUGUGGUGGAAGUAAAGGUGGUGAUGCUACUGCAGUAUGUUCUGAUCCUAAAAAAUACAUUCACUCAAACGAGAAUCAUCUGACCCAAGAGGCUAACAAAUUUAUGGCAGAAGCGAUCGUCACUGCUGGAAGUGAAAGUUUCGUGUAUCCAAAACUCAAUCUACCUUAUAGAUCGCAUUGUGUGAUGUAG